AUGCGACUGCAAUCUACCAUUACAGAUGGUCAGGUCAUUAUCGAAGUAAUCUAUUCUGAUUACAUUGCUGACAUGUGUAACGAAAGUAACUUGAAAUGUCGCACUGUCUUAGCUCCUACGAUUUAUGUUGUAGAUGAGGUAAAUGAUUACAUGACUGCAAUGAACAGCAAUGAAUGCAAGACCUAUGUUAGUUCCAACAAAUGUCUGUUCAAAGGAGGUAGCAAUGAAAUUCAAGCUAUGCACACACCAGAAUUUUUAGCAACAAUUAAGUGCUUGAGAGUUCCAAAUCAUGAAUUGAAGCUCAAGAUUGGUUGUCCUGUGAUGCUUAUUAGAAAUAUUGAUCACUCAUCAGGCCUUUGCAAUGGUACCAAGUUGAUAAUUACAAGACUUGUAGAUAAAGUUAUUGAAGCAAAAUUGUUAAAUUCCAACGACUCCGUCAAUAAGGUAUUUAUUCCUAUAAUGACACUCACACCGUCAGAUGCCAAGCUACUCUUAGAUUCCAAUGGAGACAAUUUCCCGUUUUGCUAUCUUACGCAAUGA